AUGGCGCGAUCGAUGAGGCUGUUUCUGAUUCGGCAUGGAGAGACGGUCGACAAUGUCGCCCAGCUCUAUGCCGGCAGCAGAGACUCUGCACUUACGGUCCACGGCUACCAGCAGGCGACGCGCCUUGGCCAGCACUUUAGGUCGCUCGACCUGACUCUUACACAUCUGUUCUCGUCGCACCUACAGCGCGCAGCCAAGACGGCUGGUCUGGUCAGGGAGGCCCAGCUGCAACCCAAGGGCGAUGCACAAUCUGCACGACCGGUACCCGAAGUCAAUCAGCUGCGCAUCCUGAUGGAGCAGGACUUCGGUGACCUCGAGGGCAGGAAGUGGUCCGAGAUGCAGGCCGAGCUGCAGACCAAGCCCGGCUUCGUUGGUGUUGAGACGAAAGAAGCCAUGGGCCUACGAGCCGAUGCCUUCCUCGACGAGCAUCUGCUGCUGUUGCUGGAGGAAACGGCAGAGGGAUCUGAUCCUGUGGUCGCCAUCGUCUCGCACGGCAUCUUCCUGUCGACACUCUGGAAGCGCCUGCUUCGGCGCCUGCCCGCAAGAAGUAUAUUGCUGUUACCCGAGUUACAAUCGACUGCCCGCCCAUCGUUGGAACACCUUGGGGGCUGGUCGAAUACGGGGUACUUGGAGCUGCACAUGACGCGAGACGAGGCAGUGAAAUCCUCCAUCGCAGAUCUAGUGCCUUCUCCGACGUCGAAGCCUGACGUGUCGCAACCUGUUAAGUCAAAGUCGCACGAUAACAUUGGUGCUGUCAAAGCACCUCAGGCUACUAUGCAGGAGGGCACCGGUGAGGCUGGAGUCUCAGCAGUCACCGUUCGCGAUGCCGUUGAUGCCCGGGACACGACGCUAAUUGCGUCUGCACCUCCCGCUCCUUCAAAUACGCGUGUGCCCGGGCCACAUAUCACCUGUGGCUGGACGACAACAAUCCUGACGAUCAACGGUAAAGAUCAUCUGAAAGAUCUCAAGCGUACUGGUGGUGGUGUGGGCAGUUCCCGCCACGAUGCUUCACAACAGGGCAUUGAACACUUCUUCAAGCGGCGUAAGCUCGAUUGA